UCGCUCGCUCGCUCGCAUCCCACUCGACACUACAGGUCAGCUCAGCGCCGAGCCGUGCACACCGCCAAAACCCACGCCGCAACCCGACGUCGACCCGCCGUCCCAUCUCCCCACCGCCCCCCUACCCCUUCCCCCCCCUCUGACACACCAUGUCCAACUCGGCCCCAACCGGCGAAGCAUACCUCGUCAUCGGCGGCUGCGGCUUCCUCGGCCGGCACAUUGUCGACGCGCUGAUCAAGCGCGGCGAGAGCAACGUGUCGGUGUUUGACAUUGUGCAGCGGCACUUUGACGACAACAUUACGUUCUUUACGGGCGACUUGGCUAACAUUGAGGACAUUGCCGGUGCCAUCAAGAAGUCCGGAGCCAAGAUUGUCAUCCACACCGCUUCCCCUCCGCACGGCCUCGCGGCGGACAUCUACGAAAAGGUCAACGUUGUCGGCACGCACAAUGUGAUCGAGGCGUGCCAGGACGCCGGCGUCCCCAAGCUCGUGUACACGUCGUCCGCGUCGGUCAUCUACAGCGGCACCGAGAACCUCAUCAACGCCGACGAGCGGAUCCCGUACGCUGGCGUGCCGCUCGACGCAUACAACGACACCAAGGCGCGCGCCGAGGCGGCCGUGCUCGCCGCGAACGGCAAGGACGGCCUGCUCACCUGCGCGCUGCGCCCAUCGGGCAUCUUUGGCCCCGGCGACCGGCAGGCGAUCAUGGGCUUCCACGCCGUGGUCAAGAACGGCCAGACAAAGUUCCAGAUCGGCGACAACACCAACCUGUUUGACUGGACGUAUGUCGCCAACGUCGCGCACGCGCAUCUGCUCGCCGCGGACAAGCUCGGCGUGACGUACCCCGUGCUCGUGCUGCAUGAGCCGCUUGCGCCCGUCGACUUGAGCCUCGGCCACCACCGCAUCCCGACGAGCGAGGCGCACCCCCUCGGCCCGAACAAGGCGCCCACCGAGCACGACCUGCUCGUCGCGCGCAGGUUCGAGAGCGACGAGGUCGACCCGAGCGACCUGCGCCCCGUGCUCCGCUCCAAGAUGGACCAGUUUGCCGACCUCGCCGACCUGCCCGACGACGCCGAGGGCCCCAAGGUCGCCGGCCAGGCGUUUUUCAUCAACAACGGCGAGCCCGUCAACUUCUGGGACUUUACCCGCGCCAUCUGGCGCCAGCUCGGCCACACGCCGCCGUACAUUAUUGUGUUGCCCAUCGCCCUCGGCCUCAUCCUUGCCAGCCUCGCCGAGUUCUUCUCCAAGCUCACCGGCAAGGAGCCGGGCUUCACCCGCUUCCGCGUCACGUUCGCCACCCAGAACCGAUACUAUGACAACGAGCGCGCGCGCCGCCUCCUCGGCUACUCGCCUGUUGUUGGCCUCGUCGACGGCCUCGACCGCUGGACGAGCUGGUACAAUGGCGAGCUGGAGAAGCAGAAGGCUGUGGGAGAGUCGGAGAAGACAAAGUGAGCCCCGCGGCGAGGCCACGAGCGAAGCGAGUGGGUGAGGCGAGUAGGCAAAGGUGCGAGCGCGUGAGCGCGUGGUGUGUUGUGUGGUACGGGUCGUGUGCAAUGGCUUAGACUGCGUGUUAAUCCGGAUCGAUGCAUGUGU